AUACUGCUGCAAUAUAUAACCAGGAUCUCUUGUUGUCUCCUCCCCACUCCUGUCCUGCAGCUGCAGUCCUCUCUGAACUCCUUUCUCGCUUGUUUAUUCAUAUCUUUGCAGCAAUGGCCACAGCUGGUAAGGUCAUCAAGUGCAAGGCGGCAGUGGCCUGGGAGCCCAACAAGCCUCUGGUGAUUGAGGAGAUUGAGGUAGCCCCGCCCCAGGCCAACGAGGUCCGCAUCAAGAUUGUGGCGACUGCGGUGUGCCAUUCGGACCUGUACCACCUGUUGGAGAGUAUGCAUAAAGACGGCUUCCCAACAGUUCUUGGCCACGAGGCAGCCGGGAUCGUAGAGAGCAUUGGGCCUGGAGUCACGGAAAUUCAGCCAGGAGACAAAGUCCUCCCUCUGUUCAUCUCCCAGUGUAGAGAGUGUCGCUUCUGUAAGAGCCCAAAGACCAACCAGUGUGAGAAAGGAUGGGCCACUCGUCCCAAUGUGAUGGCACCGCUAGAGUCCAGGUUUACCUGUAAGGGCAAGAAGGUGCUGCAGUUUACGGGCACCAGUACCUUCUCUGAGUACACUGUGGUUAACCAGAUGGCUGUGGCUAAGAUCGACCCUGCAGCCCCUCUGGAAAAAGUCUGUCUCCUCGGCUGUGGUAUCUCCACAGGAUAUGGAGCAGCAGUUAAUACUGCUAAGGUGGAACCAGGCUCCACAUGUGCUGUGUUUGGCCUUGGAGCCGUGGGUUUGGCUGCAGUCAUGGGCUGCAAGUCUGCAGGAGCCAAGAGGAUCAUCGCCGUGGACAUCAAUCCAGAGAAGUUUGUGAAGGCUAAGGUGCUUGGUGCGACGGACUUCGUAAACCCAAAGGAUCACGAUAAACCCAUCAGUGAAGUGCUUGCUGAGAUGACCAACGGAGGAGUGGACUUCUCCCUGGAAUGUGCCGGGAAUGUGGGAGUCAUGCGCAGUGCCUUGGAGUCUUGUGUGAAAGGUUGGGGAGUCAGCGUGAUUGUUGGAUGGACAGACUUGCAUGACAUUUCUGCCCGACCGCUUCAGCUCAUCGCUGGGCGCACAUGGAAGGGCUCUGUCUUUGGAGGCUUCAAGGGUAGGGUUGGUGUGCCUCAGAUGGUCAAAGCCUACAUGGACAAGAAGGUGAAGCUGGAUGAGUUCAUCACUCACAACAUGACCUUGGACCAGAUCAAUGACACCAUUGAACUGAUGAAGCAAGGCAAAUGCAUCCGGACGGUCCUGAAAGUUUCCUCACAAUAAGACCACUGGGAUGCUGCCACUGACCCCAAACUAAUUCAAUUUACCACUCUGUUCAUACAAAUAAUAUGCCACACAUAAUAAGGAGAUCUAUCAAAUGAUGCACUAUAGCUAUAUAUGCCUGACCUUGAAUAAUCAACACUAUUUAAUAAAAUUACUUACAGAUUGUGAGAAUCAGUUGCAGUGUUGACCUAAGCCAAAGCUAAACAUGUCCAAGUGUUUAUUGAGUAUAAUAAAUGUUUUAAACAGA